AUUAUUGAUCUUUUCUACUUCACCAAAUAGAAAUUCAAAACGAUGGGUUUUCAUUUGCCCAGUAUUCGAAGGCGUGGGGAUGUCCCAAAGGGCCAUGUUGCAGUGUAUGUAGGAGAGAACCGAAAGAAGAGGUUUGUGAUUCCAAUAUCAUACUUGAACCAUCCUUCAUUUCAAGAAUUAUUGAGUCAAGCUGAAGAAGAAUUUGGUUUUGAUCAUCCGAUGGGUGGCCUAACAAUUCCUUGUGCUGAAGAUAUCUUCCUAGAUCUCACUUCCCGCUUGUGUAGGUCAUGAAGAGACCGGGAAUCUGAAAAACUAACAAGGACUAACAGUAUUGUAAAUCUUUCUUCUCAUUCUUUUUUGUCCCUUCCUGGGAAAUAGAAAAAUG